GUCUUGGAAUCAAACGGUUCUUCUUCGAUGGCCUCCGCAUGUGGAGGUAGCUUGGCCUUGCUAGAUGCUGGCGUUCCACUUUCGGCAUCGGUCGCUGGUGUGGCCAUAGGACUAAUCACUGAUAAGGAUACGUGUUGUAGAUCACAAAAACCCCACAAAGUGCUCACGGAUAUUUCGGGUAUAGAGGAUUAUGCGGGGGAUAUGGAUUUCAAGAUAGCAGAUGUUGACAAUUUGAAAACGAACUCGUUAGGCUCAUCUAAGGGAUUUACGGCAAUGCAGCUUGACGUGAAAAUACCUGGUCUGACUUGGGAACAACUCAAGGAAGCAUUUGACAGUGCUGCUACAGGAAUCAGCUAUGUUCUGGAGAAAAUGAGUGUAAUACUGGACAGGCCACGCGCGGAAUUUAAAGCAACAGUACCAGUGAUUGAGCAAAUGCGAUUGGAUGCAUAUAAAAGGCAAGCACUGUUCCGUGCUGGUGGAAUGCAUGCCAAGACUGUCGAAGCCGAGACUGGCGUUAAGAUCUCCCAAGAGGACGAGGCUCACAUUAGUUUGUUUGCACCCAACAAGGAACGACUUGAAGAAGCAAAAGAGCUGAUGAAAAAGUUGCUGUCCGAAACCGAUGAACCAGAGUUUGCGUUUGGUCAAAUGGUCACCGCUGAAGUUGUAGAACUUCUGGAAAGAGGGGCGAUGCUGAAGCUUGCUGGUGGAGGUCGUCCAGUUUUUGUCCCCAAUUCACAACUGCAUUCCAUUCCUAUACGACAUUCUUCCGCUAGUGGACUUCAGGUCGGACAAAAAACCACAGUUCAAUGGCUGGGACGUGAUGCAGACACGGGCCAGAUUCGCCUUUCGCGUAAAACUAUAGCAUCGGUAGAUUUGCCAACACGAACACCUCGAAAGUAAGC